UGCUUUUCGUUUAUUUUUUAUCAGAGCAUUAUGUUUUGCCUUCUUAUUUGUCCCAAGCGCGCAUUUGCUCUGCCCAUUCAAAUCGAACAGCUGCACCUAAUUUAUUUCGUCGUUAAUUGUUUUAAUUAAAUACAAAUAUCUAUAAAAGUUUAAUUAUUUAUAAAUUCUUUCACGUUAUGACUGCUGAAUUAAAUCUCUCAAUGGAUCCAAACAUAACUCCAUCGAGAAAACGAAAGCGCCAGCAAACAAUCCCUGAGGAAAUUCUUACCAAAACGGCAGGCUUCACAAAUGAAGCGUUCAGUUCUACACCGAAAAAAAUAUUAGCCAAACGGCGGCUGAACAAAGAAAAUGCUGCUGCCUUUGCAGCAGGCCUGGAAAUUAAGUCUAUAGCUGAUAUAGCCAAAAAUAAGGAUGAUGCAGCAGAGGAACAGCAAGUGCCUGCUAAUCCCUACGAGGUAUUACGCAAACCACCAAAGAAAAAGAAACGUCCAGCCGAGGCAGCUUGUUUUGAAAACCCAGCAUUAAAUAUAAAUGUUCCGGAAAAACAAUUCAAUCCAUAUGAGGUUGUGCGUGAAAGUAUUCCUUUGGGAAAUUCCAAUUGCUUUGUUAAUCCGGCAUUGAAUUUAAAAACUCAGGAUGUUCCGGCCUCCAAAAAUCCCUUCGAGAUACAAAGGGAACCAGCAGCAAAAGAGGAUAUACCAGUGAUGCCUUGUAAAUUGAAAAUAGGCCUACCUUUUGUACCCAAUGUAGGUUGUCGCAUAGAUUUUAAGGAUAUGUCCAUGUCCCAGUUAACACCCACCAAGCUUUUGGCAGAAAAACUUGUAUUUUCACCAGUCGUAAUGAAAACCAACAAAGUGUCUUUGGGAUCCAUUGGCGAGGAGGAGACGAUGGACAUAGGCAAAGAAUUGGAUUGUUAUCAAUUGGAAUUGGAAAAUAGCAUAAAUGAGGCAAAGUUACGUAAAAAUGGCAUUACAGAGCACUUGCCUAUGUCUCCAAUUAAUGAAAGUGUUCAAGUGGAAGAAACAGUUGAGAGGCAUACACAAACCACACACACCGAAAUAGAAAUAAGGGAGGGUGUUGUUACCAAAAUUGUCGAAGAAGAAACUACAGAAACAACUACAUUGCAACGCAUAGAGGAAGAACCGAAUGAAACAGAUUCCAAGGAAAUAAACACUAAUCCAUUGCAAUGCAUAGAGGAAGUGCGAAGUGAAACAGAUUCCAAGGAAAUAAAGACUAACCCAUUUGAGCAAACUAAUUUGUCUGAAGUUCCAGUUCCCAAAUUGGAUUUGGGUAUCAAUAAUCCCUUUGCUGUAGAUGAUGAUGAUGUCAUUGCCGUUAAGCCGGAAGAGUUGGACGAACUGUAUGGACCUGAUAGUGACAUUCAAGAUGCCAACGAGUCUUUUGACUUCAAGACACCAGCUCCAUUUGUUCGAGCCUACACGAAAUCUGUCCCAGCUUUAAAAGUAAGCAAAGAAUCCUUGGAAAAUGUUGAGGGGAACAAUAACGACAAUAAACCCGGUGAGGGUAAUUCAAAGAAAUCAAUGAAUGUCAAGAAUAUGAUACGCAGAUCCAUACGUAAGUUAAUGCACCCCAAUGGACAUCAAGUGGCAACCAAAUCAGAAACAUGCGACAGCGAAAACCAUGAGAAACCCACACAUGGUGGUAUUUUAAAUAGUAUACGUCAAAGUUUACGACGCAAGCCGUCCAGAAUUCCCUUGGAGGAAGAAGAACCAUCCCAAAUCACUGAGUUGUCCAUAAUUGAUGGCAGCGAGAGAACGAUGAAGCUUAAAUCGGAUUUAGUUCAGACUGAAUAUGUGAAAAUUGAAGAUUUAACAAAUGAAAAGAAGCACACCAUACGUAAUAGCAUACGUCGUUCAACACGAGAAGUGGGUCAUCACUUGAUGAAAUCUGUGUUUCACAAGAAACAUGAAGAGUAUGAAUUCAACCAAUGAAUAAAAGAAAGAUAUUUGUUUACCAUUUCGUUUUUUCCCAAAGAUUUUUUUACAAUAAUACUAAGUUAUUUUCUCUUACUUUAUACUUAAGUAUAUUUUCAAUUUUGAAUAAUUGCACUUUUACAUAUUUUUUUAUGUACGUUAUUACAAAAGUUAUCAAUUGCACCUUUAUCAAAUAAAAUAAAAUGCCCAUUUAAAA